AUGGAACUCUUCGGCUGGGAGUUUGUACCUGAGCCUCAAAAGGCCGUCGCCGACUGCGUCAAGAGUAUGCACUUCUUUAGCAAGGGCAAGACCCUCCACGGGGCAUUUCUGGAACAUGAUGACGAAUAUCAUGUCAUCAACAACAAUCCCAACAAACCCGGUGCUCUGCCCGUUUUGCCAACCCUAUGCGUACUGGAUUGCGAAGAGACCCUGGCAAAGGCCAAUGCGAUUGGAGUUAAGAUGAAAGAA